GGAAAAUAGGAAGGAAGGAAUCAAGCCAAGCUGUGUCGGACACAGUCCAAUGUUGCCAUGGAAGUUCCAAGUGAUCUCUCUAUCAUGGGAAGUCACAGCUAUCCUCCCAGACAUCAACUUAAAGAGAAAAUGAAUGAAGAUUCUACUGAGGGCCCUGACCCCAGCUCCAGUCCUACUGAGGAAGCCCCCCAGAGCCAGAAAAAUCCAGGAAAGGAGCAAACCUUCAGGGGCCGGAGGCAGAAGGCAAUAUUGGGGCAUAACUUCCUGGGGCAGAGCCAAUGGUGGGGGGAAAACAAGAUCUGCACACUCCUCCCCCCUGUGCUUGGGCCCUGUCUCUGUGGAUGCAGCUUAAGAACAAAGGUAGUGCUUCGUCCUCGGCCCCCACCUCUCCCCCGGCAGGCCACCCAAAGGUUUCCGUACUUACUAUCCAAGGGAGAGUCAACAGGAUCAGGGGCGUGGCCCCGAACACAACUGGCUUCUCGCUCAUCUUUCCAGCUAACCUCCCAGUCCGGACUUCAACCCACCAGUCACCCUCUGCAUCCCCGGCAGCUGGUCCCACUAGGUAUUUGGCCCCAAGGUUUUAUCAUGGCCCCUUCCAAGAAUGGGCCCCCCAGAAGCCAUCAAUCCCACCUUCCUCAGGGAAACCCAGUAGGUAGAAGUGGAGCUAAGAAGGCUGCAUAUUUUUCUUUUCUUUUGAAGCCAAACUUUAAAACACCAGCAACAAAACUACAGUGGAAAAAAAAAAUCCACUUAAAACUGGAUCCCUAUGGAGGAUUUCGCCAGCAUCCUAGUGGCUCAGACCGGGAAGAAUCCCCUACGGGAUUAGUUUAA